AUGCGUUUCCGAAGCUCCAUCCUGGCCAUUGGCCUCCUUGCUGGCCUGGGUCUCUCCCAGACCAUUUCCAUCACAACUUCGGCAUCGACCACAACAACCAUUAGUCCUUAUGGGCCUACCGAAAGCGUUAAGUCUUUUUGCGUCUUUGGUGCCGACCAAGUCCAGGGUUGCACCGGCGUCACCCCGGCUUUUGCCGACCUUGGAGAUGACAGCCAAUGUGGUGACCCCUAUAAGACAGACCUCCCCAUCUGCGGCAUCCAAUCAGAUGGGACUCCGGUUGCAGGCAUUAAAAUUGAUCUGGACACCCAUGAGGUCACAUACAUGGACAUUCAAAACCUGGACUCUGUUGACCCUGUGUUCUGCACAAUGGGUGACUGGGCUGAGGGAGCUAUGUGUGUAGCAACCUCAUCAUGGGGCGAGAGUUCCACGACCACUGCCACCACGAAAAGCACUUUGACACGCGCUCCGUCUGCUCCUGUUACUCCAACUUCGCAUCCUAUCUAUAGGUUCGACGGACCUGUAUAG